AAUGCUCUCUCCAUCUCUUGGAUUAUCCGUCUCUCUAACAAAAUCCAAAUCUUUUCUUCUCCCUUGAUUUCAAUGUGGCAACUUCUCUUGGGUGCAGCAGUAGCUGGAUCCACCGGUUUCCUAGCUAGGCACCUCUUCAACCCACAUGCGCAUAACCCCAUUUCGCAUCAAACCUCAAUCUGUGACGAUGAGCCAGAUGAAGGAGUUGGACAGCGAGAUUCUUUUGAUAAUGUGAAAUGCUCGUCUUUUCCGGGUCAGAGUCGUUUUGUGGAGCCUGGGUAUGAGAGCGAGUACGAGAAACAAAAGCAAGAUGGGAUCUUUAGGUUUUCCAGUUCUGGGUCUGGUGGCAAAACUGGUUUUCGAAUGGGGAGGAGGAGUUUAGGAAAGAAGGUUUCGAAGAAGGACGAGAAGAGAUCUGGGGCUGUAGUGGUGUGUAGAAGGAGAUUUGCUGUUUGCUUGAAGAGGAGGAGAACGGCCAAGAAUGCUACUUAUAACUGCGUGUCCUGUUCUUCUAGAGGUAGGUCUGCCUUUGGUUGGGGAGUUGGUGUUGGUAUCAUGUACAUGAUGUCAGCUGGGAAUGCAGAGAUCAGUAAGCUGAAUUCAGCCAUAGACGAGACUGCAAAAGUUGUUCAGGAAUUAAAAACUGAGUUAUGUAAAAGAAAAUCAUCUGAGAAUCUUGUGGCUUCAAAUCCUGCAGAUGUAGUCACCACAAGCUCAAAGAAAGUUAGCAGGCAGCAUACCCAGUUAGCAUUUAACAAAGAUCCUAAUAAUAACAUAUUGUUGGGUCUCACAUCAGUUGAUGAUGGUGAAUGUGCUAGUAGUGUUCUUACAGAAGAGCCAGAACAGGGGCCAGAGGAUGUGGAAAUGAGUCAAAUGACUCAACUGGAGGCAGAGCUUGAGGCUGAACUGCAAAAACUUAAUGAGAGUGAAGUUGGGCCUGAAAAGUCGAAUGAAACAGGGGGACAGAGUAGUGAUGCUUACCCAUAUGGUGGAGUGUUGCCAUCUGAACUGAAUCAGAAACUGUGCCAUUUGCUCAUUGAACAGCAGGGGAGCCAAAUUGUGGAGCUGGAAUCUGAUUUGCAUUUGGCUCAAUCCAAACUACAUGAAAAGGAAGCUGAACUUCAAGCGCUAAAGGAUUGUGUUAGGCGCCUAACUGCAAUGUCUCUCUCAACAGUUUCAGAUGCUGAACAUGAGGCACAGGAGGAGCAAGAAUGUACAAACGAGUGGAGGCAGCAAAAUGAGAUUGGAUCGGAAUCAAGAAAACCAUCAGUUGGGAUGAAAAGACCUAUUGAGGCCUGACUUGUUUAGCUUCAAAGUAAAGUGACUUUUUUACAUGGGAUCUAGGUAAUCUUUUGACAAUCAUCAGAUGCUGCAGAUAUUAUCAACAGGGGGUAUGCCUGUUUAAUCUCAUAUCUAACUGCUAUAUAUAGCCUGUAUUAUAUCACCUUGGUCCACCCCAUCAUGAUACAAUGUAGUAAUAGUCUAUAAGAGAUCCAGAAAUUAUGAAUUGCUGAUUGCAUAAUUUUUUUUUUUUUUUUUUUUGUACAUUUGCAUAAAGCUAUUUUGAUUGU